GCCAGUCUCUGGAUGUGAGAACAGCCACUUUGCCGAAGUUUGCUCUCCCAGCGUAUGCAGACAGACUCGGCAGUCAUAUUAGACAGAUUGCUUUUCCCUCAAUGACACCUACGGAUCUUCGCAGUGGGUGCCUUGCUGUGUCUUUUUCGUCGUGCUUCUUAAGCAAUUAUACUGUAAAUUCCGACCUUCUACGAGUUUAUUCUCGAGAUUUUCCUUACAUGCCAUCUCGAGUUAAGGUCGCUUGCUUAAAUUAUUACGCGCUCUAGACGCGUUGCGAGCGCUUACAGCAUAGUAAAAGUCU